GUACUGUUAAGAAAUUGGUUAGAUCUAAGGAUAACAAAUACUUGUUUGUUUCUGGUACUUUCAAUAGAGCUGGUGAUUUGUGGGUUAAUGGUUUGGCUUAUUGGAAUAUUGAAAAGAAGACUUGGAACAAGCUUGAAACCAACUCAAUGGAUAGCAUUAGUGAUAUCGAUUAUGAUGGUAGAUAUUUAUAUGUUGUUGGUUCUUUGACUAGAGCUGGUAAAUAUGUUGUUAAGAAUGCUGCUAGAUUUGAUAUGGAAUCUCAAACAUGGUUGCCAAUGAAUGAUGGUUUGUCUUCUCCUGCCUCAGUUGGUGUUGUUGUUGAUGGUAAAUUCGUUGCUUGGGGUUCAAAUGGUGGUUCUGGUGUUUCAUUCUGGCAAAAUUUGGCUGUUUGGUCAUCAAACUCAUGGAAGGCAAUUGAAAUGGAUGCUGCUAACAAUAAUGGAUGUUACUCUGAUAGAGAAGUCUGUAUUUCUAGUGUUCCAUUGACUGCUGUCACUUAUUUCAAGGGUAAGAUUUACUUCUUGAGUGCUGGUACUGUCUAUGUCUCUGAUACUUCAAUGAGUAAGGGUACUUUAUAUGCUAGAGGUUCUCUUGGUACUAUUAAUGCCAAGACUCAAUUCUUCAAUUAUCCAAAGUCAAAUACUAUUGGUGUUGCUUCAAUUGGUGGAGUUGAAUUCGUUGAAUAUAACAUUGAUACUAAGAAUAUUCAACAUACUAAUACUAGAGAUAGUUAUGUUCUUGCUGAUGCUCCAAUUAUGGCCAUCUCUGCUGCUCCAAAGAAUGUCUUUGCUGUUGUUGCUUUGAUUGCUUCAUUGAUUGUUACAUUGUUCUUUUAA